AUGGCCAAGUCCACGAACCACACGGCGCACAACCAGUCGUACAAGAACCACCGCAACGGCAUCAAGAAGCCGUUCGCCCUCAAAAAGGGGCAGAGGAGGGCGCUCAAGGGGAUGGACCCAAAGUUCCUGCGCAAUCUGCGGUUUGCCAAGAAGCACAACGGCAAGGGGCGCGAGUCGGAGGAGUAG